UUUUAAUUAUUUAAAAUGAGUAAAGCUGGUAAUGACAGAAAGGGUUGUUCUUUGACUCUGACACUGACCGUGUGUGCUGCUGCUAUUGGGGGGACCUUUCAGUAUGGUUACAAUAUUGCAAUCAUCAACGCACCUACUACAUCCAUUCAGAAGUUCAUUAAUGAGACGUGUUUGGAGAGAUGGGGCACGGCUCUGACGUCCAGCAAGGUCACGCUGACGUGGACUCUCAUUGUUUCUGCGUUCUCGCUCGGUGGGCUGUUGGGAUCCUUGCUUGCUGGCCCCAUGGCCAUCCACUGCGGGAGGAGGCAAACGCUGCUGCUAAACAACUGUUUCCUUAUGGCCAGUGCUGUCAUGGCCCUGAGCAGCCGGCCCGCAAAGUCCUUCGAGAUAAUCGUCGUGGCUCGCGUCCUUAUCGGCGUGAAUGCAGGCGUGAGCAUGAACGUCCAGCCCAUGUACUUUGGGGAGAGCGCUCCCAAGGCCCUGAGGGGCGCUGUGGCCUUCUCCUGUGCCGUCUUCACCGCCAUGGGAAUCCUGCUGGGUCAGGUGGUCGGUCUGACCGAGGUGCUGGGCGACGAGGCGCUCUGGCCGUACCUCCUGGCCAGCAAUGCCAUCCCCGGCCUGCUCCAGCUGCUCACCCUGCCCUGGUUUCCAGAGAGCCCGCGCUACCUGCUCAUCGACCGGGGUGACAGGGAGGCGUGUGGCCGCGCCCUCGGCCGCCUGCGGGGCCGUGAGGCGUCCGACGCCGAGAUGGAGGAGAUCCUGGAGGAGCAGAAGGCCACCGGGGAGGCUCGCGCCAAAUCCCCGUGGGAGCUGCUUGCCGACGGCGACCUCCGCCGACAGCUGUGUGUCGUCAUGGCAGCCAGCAGCAGCAUGAUGCUGUGUGGGAACGACUCCAUCUACUUCUAUGCCUCCUACAUCUUCCAGGAGGCUGGCAUCGGCGUGGAGAAGAUCCAGUACGCCACCAUUGGAACGGGCGCUUGCGAGUUUGCCGCCGCCAUCAUGUCUAACUUGUUGAUAGAGAGGGUGGGCCGGCGGAAGCUCCUCCUGGGUGGGUACGUGCUGAUGAGUGGCUGGGCUGUGGUCUUUACCCUGUCUCUCUCUUUGCAGGGCAAGGUGGCCGGCAUGCCUUACCUGAGCAUGGCGUGCAUCUUUGCUUACAUCCUUAGCUUCGGCAUGGGUCCGGCGGGGGUGACCGGGAUACUGCCCACCGAACUCUUCGACCAGAAGGCCCGGCCUGCAGCUUAUAUGCUGGCUGGCUCUAUGAUGUGGGUUAAUCUUUUCCUGGUGGGGAUGGCCUUCCCUUUCAUAGUGAACAGCCUGGGCCAGUUCUGUUUCGUUCCCUUCUGUGGGAUCUGUGUGGUGUCAGCCAUCUACAUUAGGCUUACCCUACCUGAGACCAAAGGGAAGACUCUGGCUGAAAUCACAGCCGAGUUUGACAAGUGCAAUAUGAAGGGUUUAUCCAGUUCAGCACAGAACCAGUUACAGCUGCAGGAGACCCAGCACAGGACUGACCUGACUUCUGUGCAUUUGGAGAUUGAGGAGAUCUGAUCAAAGGAUAAUGGUGUUUCUACACUUUAGCAUUUUGUGCUAUCUUAUCUGGCAUUAAGAAAUAAUUUAAGAAAUUAUAUACACCUAUAUGCUGAAUUAUUUUGGGUAACGGUACAGUCAAGUAAUUUUUCCCCAAUUCUGUAGCCUCUAGAAUGUUAGUGAACUUUAUUGAACAUGGGAGGGAAACUCAUGUGAAGCAGCAUGUGAGGUAUAACAGAGAAACAAAGAAUAUAAAUAAAUAUGCAAGAAACAAAUAUGUGCAGAAUAGAUCAAAAAGACCAGUUAUUAAAAUGACCAGUUAUUGCACAUUAUCUUGACUGUAUAAGUAAUGAACAGUGUGUAGUGCACAUGUAUUGAAGCCCUACUGGAAUGGAAGUAACCUGGGAUGAGACCUUGGGACUAUUCUCUUCUUUAAGAUAACUGUAGCACGCCUGACCAUUUGGUUUUUAUUCGCUGGUCUUCAGUUUUAGACACACUUUAUUGACUCUUAGAAUUUCAUGUUGGAUGACAUGAAUCAGCUUCUAUUUAUUUAUUUAUUAUUAGAAAACACGAAUGUGCCUUUAACCUUUUCAGGUAGCACUAUUGUGUAUGAAACCUUAAGGAGUCAGGCAUGCUGUAUUUACAUGUAUGCACUUGUAGAAUAUAUGUUGGUUACAGUUUGUUACAGUGAGACCUCUCUUCAGAUGUUCAGGCCAGGGUGCUGGGUGAUGUCUGCUUCAUGCCAGGUGUAGUCUGGCUUCCUGCACUAGGAACGCCAUUCAUGCGCUAACAGAGUCUUGGAAUUUGGAUGUACUUUAACUGAAUUUAGAAUAAAAGAUUAAGGCUCUUACACUGAAACUACUGCAUUUCUAGUUAUUCAGGCACUGUGUGCUCUUGAAUGCCAAGGCAUUGUUUGAAUCGACAUUUUAAUACUUUUCCAUUAUUUGUUUUGAACAAGUAACAUGAACUUUUAACUACUUUUUGACACCAAAUGGUGCUUUCCACUUUAUCUGGGGUAGGUUUUUAUUUAGAGGUUAAAGUGAGGUUUUUAAAGUCAAAGAUGACCAUUUCAAACAAUACUGCAACCAAAUGCAACCUUACUGUAUAUACUGUGCUUUUAUUUUUCUUCAGUAGGUGGCGGUGUAUCCCAAAGGCACUCUGUCAUGCUUGUUGCCUCUAUUGGCACUUUAUUACUGCGUAUGAUUGCUGUCUCAUCCUGUGAACAAGGUCACCCUCAGCAUGCCAGUGAGCUGCCAACAGAUGACAGGUUAGCAGGAGCGGAAGGGUGCGUGACUAAACACGCUCAUCUGCUCCGCUCUUCCCCUGUAAAGUUGGCCUGCUGUCUCCAUUGUACCCCCUGUAUGCACAGCAAAUGUAUUGAUUAUACUCGGAUCAAACUAUAAAGUCAAUAAAGCCUUACAUGUGCACUACAUGUCAGAGUCA